GUGGGCAAGAGCUCCAUGAGAGCUUCAUCCGAGACGGUAGCAUCAGAUAAAUAGAUCGGCGGCCUCACUGAUGCGCCGCAACGACGGUAGCCCUGGAACUACUGGCGAGUACCUCAUCAUACUUCCACUUGUGCAUCAUGGCUCCUUUCCGACUCCUCCUGGCCUGCGUUCCGCUGGCUCUGGCAUCCAUCACGGUGUUAGACCCCAGCGACAAUGCCGAUCUGACUGCAGAUGCCGCAGACAAUGCCUUGGAAGUGGACUAUACCACCGACAAUGGUGGUCCCUCGUAUCUCCUCUACAAUAUUACCGGCCCCUACUACUAUUCCGAUGAGGAUGCGGAAGUCAGCCACCAGACCCUGUCGGUGAAUGCCAACGACACCAGCGUUCUCGUCGCGACAGAUGGUGCGGUCGUCAAUGUGUCCUAUACCGACGUGGUCAAGAAAGGUUACUCGACAUGGCUCAACCAAGCGAGCUUCUUUGGCGUCAACGCGGCCAUCAAUGUGGCGAAUGCCUCCACGGCCUAUAUCGAUCACAGCAACAUCACCGUGCACAACGGCGCCGCCAAUGUCUAUUCGUAUGGCACCGGAUCAACUGUCUACGUGAACCACACGGAUCUGUACAGUUCGGGCCCCGUGUCGCACGGCCUCUAUGCGAGUGGCAACGGUACCAUCUAUGGCUCUAACCUGCGCCACUAUUCGGGUGGGAGCCGCUGUUCUUCCUUCUCCGGGGACAAUCCGGCCGGGUAUAUCCAUGUCACCGAUGCCGUUGCUCACACGGCGGGAAUCGGCAGUGCUAUCUUCUACACGCUUGGGGAGAGCUAUGGCACGGACGUGGUGGGAAGAGCCGAAAGGGCGCCCAGUCUUUUCUCCGAUGGCGCGCAGACAUCCGUCUUCGAGAAUGUCGAUUUCACGGCCGGUCUACUGGCCGGGACCGUCAUGUUCUCAUCAUCCACACGCUCCAGCGGCGCAUCUCUGACCUUCUCCAACUCCCGCCUGACCACUCUGGGCGAGGACAUGGCCGCCCUAUGGUUCGGAAAUCUGAUCGCAUCGGCCACGAUCCAUGCGACCGAGCUGAACACCACUUCAGGCAUCCUCGUCAUUGCCAAUGCGUCCCAGAUCACACAGUCCUUCGACCACUUCGUCGGAUGGGAGGAGAAUUCGAGCAUCCAGCCCGCACAAGUGUCCGUGUCGGUGACAGAGUCCUCACUCACCGGAGAUAUCGUGGCCUACAAUGGCAGCUCCAUCGCCUGGAGCCUGGCCGAACACUCGAGCUGGACAGGAGCGGCAUCCUUCGGAAGAGGGACUGCGUACGUGGGGGUCACCCUUGAUGCCACCUCCACCUGGACGCUCACGAAGAAUGUGUAUUUGCAGAAUUUCACGAAUGCCGAUACAACCAACAGCAACAUCCAGAGCCAGGGAUACAGCAUCUACUACAAUGCAUCAUCAUCCAGUAACGCAUGGCUCAAGUCCACUAACACAUCCCUUCCAGGUGGGGGGCGGUUGCAAUCGUACUAGGCACUUCCUUUUGGUCUGACCGAGCAUGAGCCGAUGCUUGCACCUGGGUUUUGCGAGUUUGUCACAGCAGGGCACAGUUUUGUGAUCAGCAAGUGUGAUGAGGGAUGCGAUUG